AUGUUGGGGGCAGGAUUGCAGUUUAACAGGAGUAGAAAUGGAGAAGAUCGGUUUUAUAGCACCGCCAGGGCUCGCCGGAGCCAAGAUCAUUUGCGGAGAUCUCAAAAUAGGAGUCAAGCCGAUGAGACGCUGGAGAAGACCAAGAAGGUUGCUGCCUCGCCAAUGUUUGAACCGUCGUCCUUGUGCAAUCUGGAACGGUUCCUGGAGUCCAUAACACCCUCGGUGCCGGCUCAACGAUUAUCAAAGACAACAUUGAGGGAAUGGAGAACUUGCAAUGAGGAGUGUCAACCAUACUUUGUGCUUGCUGAUUUGUGGGAGUCAUUCAAGGAAUGGAGUGUAUAUGGUGCAGGAGUACCAUUGAUAAUGAAUGACAGUGACCUUGUAGUCCAAUAUUACGUUCCCUACUUAUCGGGUAUACAAUUGUAUGUUGACCCUUCAAGGAGUACGGAAAAUCCAAGGAGACUUGGAGAGGAAAGUGAUGGUGACUAUUUUAGGGAUUCAAGUAGUGAGGGAAGCAGCGAUUGUGAACAGGAUAGAAGCAGCUUCAACAAUUCAAUUGAGCAACGGGGCUAUCAUCAUCAAACAAGUGAUAAUGCUCGUAGAAUAGAUCCAUUGUCCAUGAGAGAUCAGGCGUAUCAAGAAAGCUUUUCUAGUGAUGAAAGCGAAUCUGGUAGUUCACGAAGUCGCUUGUUGUUUGAGUAUCUUGAACGGGACCAUCCCUAUAGUCGGGAACCUUUGGCUGACAAGAUAUGUGAUCUUGCUCUCCGUUUCCCCGAACUAAAAAUGCUCAGAAGCUGUGAUCUACUACCUUCCAGUUGGAUUUCUGUAGCAUGGUAUCCCAUUUAUAGGAUACCAAUGGGACAAACUCUCAAAGAUUUGGAUGCUUGCUUUCUGACCUUUCAUUCUCUUCAUACACCCUUGACAGGGAGUGAAACUAUACAUACUCCACUUGUCUCAUAUUCCAAUGAGAGGGAGGAUGGUGUUCCCAAAAUUUCAUUGCCAGUUUUUGGGCUAGCCACAUACAAAUAUAAAGUAUCAUUGUGGACCCCAUAUGCAGGGCAGCACCAACUGGCGACCUUCCUCCUUCAGGCUGCUGAUAAUUGGCUAAAGUUGCUACAGGUCAAUCACCCGGAUUUCCUUUUCUUCAGUGGCAAGUGA